ACAUCGCUCAAGAAGCCGUGAGAGACACAGGCAUAGAAGUCGCAGUCGAGAGAAAUCGCAGUAGAAGCCGAGACAGACACAAGAAAAAACACAGGGACAGGUCCCCAAGUAAAUCAGAGAAAGGAGUAAAGAAGGAAAAGGAAGAGAAGAAAGAAGUGAAAAAAGUUCCACUGUCCCUGGAGGAAUUACUGGCCAAGAAAAAGGCAGAAGAGGAGGAACUGAGCAAGCCCAAGUUUUUGACCAAAGAAGAGAGAGCUGCAGAGGCCCUGAAGAGGAGGCAGGAAGCUGUGGCAGAACAGAAGAAGAAGACAGAAGAAGAGAGGAAGAAGCAGCUAGAGUUCCUCAACCAAGGCAGAGAGGAUGAUAGACACAGGGAUAGCGGCAGGGAUCGCCGGGAUAGAGAGAGGAGAGAGAGAAAGGGGGAGGGAGAAAAAAAACAGCAUAUAGAAUCUAAAGAAAAGGAGAAAGAGCAGGCUCCAUUAAG